AUUCCUUGCCCAAUAAGAAAGCGGCAUUCUUUGUAGCAGUUAAACGGCUAUGCUAACUAAACGGUAGAGGAAGAUUUUGGAUGAAAGUAAUUGAAGUCUUGAGUCAAAAAUGACAUACAGAAGAGACAGGACACUACGAGAGGUCUAUGAUGAACGGUUUCUAACAGAAAGACCGGGUCCAUACCCACGAGCUGGAGAGAGGAGAGCCCCUUUUGGCCGGCCAGAGGAAGACUACGGUCGGGUUGUAUAUGAAUAUGAAGGAGGUCCACGCUUUUAUCCGAAUGGUGGAGGCCAAAGAGGUUACCACGAAGAACGGGGCUACCAUGGGGACAGCCUACAUUUCUCAGCUGAUCGUAGAGCUGGUCCACCUUCAAGAAGGGAGGACUAUCCUUACAGGGCUCCAAGAGAAGAUCCCCACACAGGAAGGCCUUUGGAGUUUGGUGGUCGAGGUCCAGCUCCACAUAGCGUACGGAGCCAGGGCCUUUUCCCUGCAGCCAGAUCGCUACCUGAGAGUGGAGAAGACACGCUGGUGCAAGCCAUCCUAAACCUGGACAGAGGUGAGGAGAGAGACCUCUUCAGGAGGAAAGCAGCCCCCUUCCCUCCUCUCAGAGAACGAUCCCCUGUACGCCGCGAGGUGGCCCGCUCUCCUCACAGUCGCUCCGGCUCCAGCGUCAGCAGUAGAGGCUACUCACCUGACAGAGCCAAGGGCCUGCCGUUUCCCUCACAGCAAGGCAAGAGUGUGGAUGGUCCAGAUGGUCACGCAGGAGUUCCGGAGCACCUCUGGGGGGCGCUCUUUCCUCAGCAGAGUGGACACGACAACAUAGUAUAUGAAGAGACUUAUGGUCAGAGCAAGAUGACUGAAAAAAUUCCUGGCCUGUCAAGAGAAGGCUCCCCACACAGCGCCACAUCAGUCAAGGAGGAGGUCAAUCCACCAGAAGCAGAAAAGGAGGAGCUGCUGGUACCUCCGGUUGUAGAGGAGAGCCACAAGCUGUCCACGGACAACUUUCAUGAGCGACGAGCGCUCGCAAUCGCAGCCAAAGCUCAGGAGAUAGAGAAGGUGUACCGCCAGGACUGCGAGACAUUUGGGAUGGUGGUAAAGAUGCUGGUGGCUAAAGACCCCAACCUGGAGAAGCAGCUGCAGGUUCCCCUCAGGGAGAACCUCGGGGAGAUCCGCGAGCGAUGCCUGGAAGACCUCAAGCACUUCAUCAGCGAGCUGGACGAAGCCGUACGGCAGCCAGAACCGUCCGUCUGUGACUCAACAACCCCAUCCACGUCCCUAACGGGUCAUAAACUUUCAAAGACGGGAGUCAAUCACAGCUCGUCUUACUGACACUUUGGCCUCAUCUAUUCUGUGUUGGACUGAGCAUUAUGGGACUGACUGCUGAAGAACGACGGAUGUCUUGACUGGACUUUGGAUUGCUAACUUUAACGAUUCUGCAGCACAGCAGCCAGAGGAGAGCUUAAAGAGUGGACGCAGUGAUGUAUCUGGGAAUGAACAGUGUUCGAUUUUUUAACAUCAGUUCUCUGUAAAAGGUAAAUAUUUUCUUUGAGUUUUUUUUCUGUUUUCUUUAUUUAAAACAAAGAUAUCGAAUCUUUCAUCACAGUGGAAAUGGUUUUCAAGGUUAAGCCUAUUUUGAUAAAAACAAUGUUGAGAUUAGCCCCUCUAGCAUGAAGACUUUUCCUAUGAAAAGUGAGAUAAAACAAGUUACGUUUUGUACUGUUUUCAGGCUCUGUACAUUUUUAUUUUGUAGCAGCCAGCUGUUUGACUCGGUGCUGCUAAAUCAACAGUUCUACAUUCUUGUAUAAAUUUUUACUGUUUAAAAAGACCUUUUUGGUUCCUUUUCAAUGUAUUGUCUCAUUUUGAUUUUCAAACUUUACAUACUAUGCCCUCGGCCUCAAUCUUUGUGUGAAAGAGCACAGGGAUGAAUUAUUUUGAUGACUCUGAGACGGAGCUUUGCACAUACUGAGAUGUCUCUGAAGGUUGUAGUAAAUAUGAGUUUUGUUAAAUUUAAGGUUUGUUAUACUGUGACCUGUUAAAAUAAACUGCAUAAAUAUCA